AUGGAGAAUUUCAAAGCGAUCAUUGAGCUGCGCUCUCCAUUUUCAAUAAAAUUACUCGGUCACAGGUACGUUUUGAUCCAUCUCGAGCGAAUCAAAAGCUUACUAAGUAGAGAAGAUGCUGUUGCCAGCCGCCUGGAUAUGAGAUCUUACAGGCAGUACGUGGAUGAGCUGGAACAUAACUGGGAUGACAAUAUUUACAUGGGCUGUUGUGUGGUGCGGAAGGAUGACCUGGCAGAAAAACCUAUAGCCGUGGCCAUUGCCUCUGCAAGGGAACACAGGGAAGAUGUUAGGAGGCCGACGGAACUCAAUUGGCAAAGAACCGAAGCCUACAGGGACAAGGAACAACAAUGGUGUUUGGAUUAUUUGGUGAGGGCCAGGCAGUGUCUGGGGUAA